CUUGUUCAAGAUGACAACCAUUUAAAGAAUAGAUAGAUCAUUUAACCAUACAUGGUCUUUGUAACACGAGGUUAUUACAUCAUGGAUAUUUCCAUGGCUACUUAAUUUUACAUGAGCCAGACUUGGGUCUCAACUAAACGCAACGAUAAAGAUAACGUUGAAAAACGAACAAAAUAUUCACAAAAAAGGAACACGCAGACGGCAAUCGCGAUAACAUAGCGUUCACAUUACAAAUGGCAGAAAGAGGCAUCAGAUGUAAGGAGUUAGAUACUGGAUGUAUCAUCCUGUACAGUCGCCAAUCUCAGAAUCAUGUUGAAAGUUUGUCCGUGGAGAUCUGCAGUAUAAUGACGCGGCUGGGGUAUGGCGAGGACAUCAGACGGCUUCGGGUUGAAAUGUUUAGGGAGAAUGACAGACUUGUAAAUGCACUACAAAGUAACCUUACACGAAUAACAGCUGGCAGCAAGGCAGAGGGGCUUACCUGCUUUUUAGAAAGUGACAUGGAUACUCUAUACGUUCUGAACGGUUUCCUCUGUGUGGAAGCUGGAUUCAAUCUGCAAACCAUACCAGACGACAUAGACGUAUUUAGGAUGGAUACACGCGUACAUGUAUAUCCAGGGCACUGUAGAUUGUUACAGGAGAGACUAACGCAUAGAGGUAUUGAUGUAAUUCAAAAUGCUCUCUGUGUAAAUGGUUACGGGGACGUUCUUUUAAGUAGUAGUUUGUUUUUAGACGAAUGGUUGACAUUUUCACGUUCACUUGCAAAACCAAGACGCGUGCAACAUGAACUCGCGGGACCAUCGAUACCGUCGUGCAGGGAAGGGGUUUUUGAAACGGAUAUGGUAUUCUCACUCCGGUGUCACUGCCCCAACAUCCUAAAAAGAUGGGCUGCCAGACCCCGAUAUUGGCCGCCGCCAGUCAUAGUUCAGAAAGUCGUAUCAUUAGGCGCCUACCUAACACCGGUAGGGUUUAAGGGAAGUGAGAACAGGAACAUAGAAUGGAGGAUUUGUUUCAACACCGGUGAGACAGAACUUGUGAACAAUCUUAAUGGUACGCAAGUGAAAGUAUAUGUUAUGCUAAAAAUGAUCCUGAAAAACAUACUGAAGCCAAUUAAAAAAGAAAUAACAUCUUACGUGAUAAAAAACAUCGUAUUAUGGCAGGCUGAAAGCAACCAUCAUUCAAUGUUUCAAGAACGCAGUUUUUUUCACUGGCUGCAUGACGGACUAAGACAGCUUAGAACUGCUAUUGAGAAACAACACUUGCCAUAUUACAUCAUUCCAAAUAGAAAUUUAAUGGAAGCUUGUGGAUUACAUAAAAACCAGCAGCGCAAAUGGAUAGAAGAUAUCACGAACAUGAUGGCGGAAGGACCGAGGGUAAUACUUAGAUUGGAGAAGAUACGAAUGGCCAUUGUCGCGUCCCCAGAGCCGAUGGUGUGGUUCAGCACGAGAAGGACUGAGCUUGAGAUUCUUUUCUUGGUGAGGUUGAACAGAGUGGCGCAAUGUAUGGAUGAGAACGGGAAAGUGGAUGAGUCAGAUUGCAUCUUGAAGGCGAUGAUGCGACGAAAAAUAGAGAUAGCGAUAGAGUUGGAACAACGAAUGUCUAUGGAGGGCAGGUCUGGAAAUCAUAUGCCUUUAUUCAAAAGAAUACUAAUGUGAAAAUGAAUUAAGCUACUUAUUGUCCAUGCGUAUCAGUGACAUAUUUACGAUAAUAUACUGGCUUUUGCAAACUUUUAAAGAUAACAUAUGCGUUUUGCAAAUUAAUUAAUAUGAAAAUAAUGCAGUUGUUGACGGUUAUCAUUGAAACGUAUGUAUUUCAAUUUUAAAGAUAUUCAAAUGUUGCUAGUAAAAUAUGAUCGUUACUGCAUUCAACGAAAAUGAUGUAUCGUUUAAUAUAAAAAAUUGUGUAAAUCCCCAAAUAAUCCGAUAAGAAACCUUAAAGUGUUCAAUCACAUUUGCCAAUUAAAACGUGCAUCCUGUAUAUUUUAGCACAACAAUUGUUACAUUAUUUUUACCAAAGAAGUCGUAAUAUUUACUGAAAUACAUUUUUAAGAUGGGUAUGUAUCUCUUAAGAUUGACAAAAUUUUGGGUCAGACCAACUGAUGCAAUUAUUGUUGGCUUUAAACACCAUACUUAAAAUAGGCAUUAUAUUAGUCUUUAUAACCACUUUCCUUUUACAUGCAACACUUUCGCUUUAGUAAUAAACUUUGACAGCAUGGCACAAGGCCCUAAGACGCCCAACCCACGGAGCUUAACUGUUUUGAGCACAUAGCGACCACAUGGGUUCACCAAAAACGGAUAAGAAAAACUUUCCCAAAAUCUCGAUGCCGUGUAUUUGAACAAACCACAAUCAUUUUCGAACUCAAUCCAUAUAGCUUAACACCACACCGUGUUUCAUGUUUUAAGCAAGUUUCAUGAUUAAUGGGUAAAAACUUGGACAUCUAUAGUGUUCAAAUGAUUUAACUUAAUCAACAUUAGGAAAAAUCUCACCCACAUAGAAUUUAAAGAAGUGAAGCCAUGAUUAGCUAUUGACAAGAACCAGAAAUGAUACAAAGGACUAUUCAUAAGAACAUAUAUUCUGAGCAAUGUGCACAUAAAUGUGACUUCUUGAGUGUGCUUUUCCCUAAAUUUACUUGUGACUUAGUGUUUUAACUGUUUUGACCAUGCAUGACGAAUAUUCAAACAUGGCGAUAGUGUGUGUCCAUAAGUGUUCAAAAUUAUUUCCUUUUAUUUGACCUAGUCAUUGACCUCAUCUUACCAAUUUUGAACACGUUGUACUCAGGUUAUAUAACAAUAUUUUUUUAUACUUAUGCCAUAACAGAACCUAUUUUAAAACAUAAGCAUGCAAUACAUUAAAAAGCAAAGCAUCGCAAUGAAAAACAUACAGAAUUGAUAUUUCAAUUUAUUGAAACAUGUAGUAAUAAAUAUGCGUUACUUGAGCGAAUACAACCAACACGAUGGACAAGGACAUAUUAAUUUUGCUGUUUUGAUUGUUGUCGUCAUAAUGCACAUUAUACUAAAACAAAUUUUGUAAAUGUACCUUUUGACAUUUUUAAGGUGUAUUCUGGAUAAGGGUUUGAUAAUUCUUUUGAAAUUUAAACCAUCUUUAUAUUAUAUUCACACUUUUGUCAUUCUUUCGAAUUUUAAUCAAAACGUAAGUUAUGAUGCAGAAUUUUGAAUUGUAUAGCAUUUUUUAAAUAUUUUUGCGUUAUCGUUUGAAUAAGUUAUUCUUGAAUCCGAACCUUUCCUUAAAAAUCUAUUGUUUCAACAUUGUUUGGAGUUUAAUGUAGAGAACUUCCCGUUUACAUUUUUUUCAUAUAACUUCAACUCCACUUAUUUUGCAAGCAAAAUCGAAUUCAUCAUGUGGUUUUCCCGUUCAUGUAUAUUGGUCAUUCUGCAUUUUAUUAAGAUCUAUUUAAUAUGUGAAAUCAUGUACAUGUAUAAAAAAUAUGUUACGCUUAAUCUCAAACUGUACAAAACUGUUAAUCUCAAACUGUACACAUAUUAAUUAAGUGUUAUAUACAUUGACAGACGUCGAAACAAUUAUCAUGUGUAGAUUAAUAUAAAUGUGCAUUUGUUUAAUAUAGUUUGCCAUAUAUUAUGCAGUGAGGCUUUUGUUUCUAAAACAUACCUAUUUGCAUACCUUUAUAAUAUAUCAAUAUGUAGGUCAAUUGAAAAACAAUGAUUUGUCCUUUUUAUAAAGCAAUAUAUUACCUUGGUUACUUGAUAAUCUUUAAUCACUUCACUACUUGAGUGUCGUUACAUCUAACAAACUGAUAAAACGAUGAUUUACCUUGAGCUUCUUUUUCACCUUGUGUUGUUUUGUAAAUGUAGGUUGCUGUCAGGUUCUAUGGUAAACGUCACAGUUUAUGAUCCUCACUCGCUUAUGUCCUAUCAUGAGUACACAUUUCGGGAAACGUGUCUGCGUUACAUGUACGUGACGUUUGUCUGUUAAGUUAUCGUGUGGUUUAGCCCAUUACUGCUCAUUUCAGUACAAAAGUACGCCCUCAUUUUGCAAACAUUAUGGACAUAAGUUAGAUUAUAUGCUUAAUUCCACAUGCAUAAUUUCACAUACUUUAUUCAACGUGUUUAAUUCAAAGAUUCAUAUACACAGUUAUAAAAGUAUUGAUUCUCACAUCUGUAUAUAAUUUUACUAGUAUGGUUCUGGGUUUGUGAUCUAUAUGUAUAAUUGUUCUUAUGCUAUAUGCUGAUGAAAUCACACCAAAAACAAUACAACUUUCAAAAUAAGGUCACAGAGUGUGUUCAUAAAAAAACGAUACCCAAUAUUAUGGCCUGAUAACUGUUGCACGCUUUAAACUCGUACAAUAAAUGCUUGUGCUCAUGCAUAAAAUAUAUAGUAACAUAAAUGAGUAAUGUAUAAUAUAUGUUAAUACAUUAAAGAAGUUUUAUUCAUGUCUGUUGAUUUUCAUUCUUUAAUAACGAUUUCAUUGUAUAUACUGCUAUGUUGUUAGACUCAUAGCUUUUUAGAAAAGAAUAUGCAUACUCAUUUUUGAAGAUACUUUUUACUGUUGUAGAGUCUGAAUAAACUUUGCAUGUU